AUGGCUAAUAAAGGCGAACAAGAUGAUCAGAAAGAGGAGCACCUGACAAUCGUCAGAAUCUCAGGUAUCGUAGACAGCGGUGAUGUGACUGCUGCCGGAAAACUCUCGCUGCAAAAUGCAGGAAUCUCCUCCUCCGAUGACCUGUUUUCCAUGAAAUCACUAGAGAGUCUGUCAUUAGCUGGUAACAAAUUGACAGAGUUCGAAUUUCUCAGCCAAAACUACAAUCUCAAGGUGCUGGAUUUGUCGAGGAACAGGAUACAAAAAUUGCCGAACAUGGCUAAUUUUACAAACCUCACGCUACUGAACCUGGCAAAUAACGAAAUCACAGACAUGACGCCUGUAGCUUGCCUGAGUAGCCUCAAAGUGCUCAUACUUAACAAUAACAAAAUCAAAGUUAUGUGCAACCUGAGCAAGAUGGAGAAUCUGGAGACCAUUAUUCUCAGCCAUAACGAAAUCGAAGAAGUGAAGCUGCCAUCUAAAACCAUGUGGAAACUGAAGAAAAUCACGCUCAGCCACAACGCAAUCAGGGAGUUCCCGGUAACAAGCAAGUUGCCGAACCUGCAGGAACUCAGGCUCAACUCCAACAAAAUACUGGCGCUACCACAAAAUAUCGGAAUGAUGGCGUCGCUCAAACUGCUGGACGUCGGAAACAAUCGCAUAGUUGAUAUGAAGCCCAUAAUCAACCUGAACAACCUGCAAAAUCUAAACGUAUUCGGAAACCCGGAGCCUCAGCUCAAGCUGGAAGACAUAAAGCAACAUAUACAGUUCCUAAAGGUCUUCAACUCUACCAAUCUCUGCCCUGAUGGAGGCGUUGAAAGGAAGCUGAAACGGGCUCGCAGGGCUGCAGAGACGCCAAAAGGACGCCGAGAAUAUUCGGAAUCUAGCAAGCAAAGGGCAAGUUACAAAGGAAGUAAAAUUUCUAGAACAACAAACAGCAAUAUUAAGCGUUGA